CCACUACCGUUCAGAGAUGGCAGCAGCUCCUAGGACGGGAACCAAACGCAAUCCGACGCGGGGGCUGUUGAUAUCUGUGUAGCAGCAUCCCAGAACGCCGCUUCCUCGCUCAGCAGCUGCUCUACUGCCUCUAUCUACUCUACGAGCGCUUUGCAGUUUGCCGCGUGCGAGCAGUGCGAGCAGUGCGAGCACGUCAGUUGGUCAGUGUUUUCUCCGCAGGUAGGAAGCCAACCAACCGGAGUAAGAAGCAAUGGCCUGCCAAAACGUAGCGCAGAAGGUUACAGAGUGGCUGCUAUGGGACAAGAACGAAAAGACGAGGAAGCAGAUCGAGAACUUGCACAAGACCGGGGAUGUUGACCAGUUACAGCACUUGCUUCUGGACCGACUCACCUUCGGAACUGCUGGUCUCCGAGGAGUGAUGGGCCCCGGUUACGCUGCCAUGAAUGAUCUGGUCAUCAUCCAGACCUCCCAGGGGUUGGCCAAGUAUCUUCUCAGCACUCUUCCAGACUGCACGAAGAAGGGAGUGGUCAUCAGUUAUGACGGCCGCUACAAUAGUCAUAGGUUUGCCAGACUCGUAGCAGUGGCCUUCUUGCAGCUGAAGAUCCCAGUCUACCUGUUCAGCAAGAUCACUCCAACCCCCUUCGUGCCUUUUGCCAUCCAUCAGCUGGGCUGUUCGGGGGGGAUCAUGGUCACAGCCUCCCACAACCCCAAGGAUGACAAUGGCUAUAAGGUCUACUGGGCAAACGGGGUUCAGAUCAUUCCGCCGCACGACGCCGGCAUUCAGGAGAGCAUCCAGAAGAACCUGGAACCCUGGAGCGAAGCCUGGGAUGUCGAGAUGACAUCCAGGAGUCCCCUAUGCAAGGAUCCACUCCCGGAAAUCAACAAGAAGUACUUUGAGCAGCUGGCCUCUCAAGUUUCCGACAAGUCUCUGAACGAGAGGUGCGGCGUGACGUUUACGUUCACGUCCAUGCACGGAGUGUCGCACCCAUACAUGGUGCAGGCCUUCGAGACGUGCGGCUUCAAGAAGUUUGUUCCCGUCAAGGAGCAGAUGGAUCCAGAUCCAGACUUCCCCACCGUCCGGUUUCCCAACCCGGAGGAGGGCAAGAGCUCCCUGGACCUGUCCUUCAUGACUGCUGCCAAUGUGGGCAGUCGAGUCAUCCUGGCCAACGACCCUGAUGCGGACCGUCUGGCCGUUGCUGAGCAGCAGUCGACUGGCGAGUGGAAGGUCUUCACGGGCAAUGAGAUAGGCAGCCUGCUUGGGUGGUGGCUUUGGCGCUGCUUUCGAGAGAAGAAUCCCGAUGUGCCAGCCAAGAAUGCUUACAUGAUUUCCAGCACCGUGUCUUCCAAAAUUCUCAGUGCCAUUGCUGCAAAAGAAGGCUUCAACUUUGUGGAAACUCUGACAGGCUUCAAAUGGAUGUGCAACAAAGCACACAACCUGAUCAAAGAGGGCAAGACUGUGCUGCUAGCUUUUGAAGAAGCUAUCGGCUACAUGUGCGGAACGACUGUCCUGGACAAAGACGGUAUCAGUGCGGCCAUGUUUGUGGCACAGCUGGUGGCCUACCUGGAGACGCAGAACCUCACUCUCUUCGACCAGCUCUGCGCCGUCUACGACAGGUACGGAUACCAUGUCUGCAACAACUCGUACUACAUCUGCCAUCACCAGCCGACGAUCUGCAAGAUGUUCCAGCGUCUACGGACCCAGCGGGGCAAGGAUACGUACCACCUUCGGCUGGGAUCCUACAAGAUCAAAAACGUCAGGGACCUUACAACCGGCUACGAUGACACGCAGCCAGACAAAAAGGCUGUGCUGCCCACCAGUAGCUCUAGCGAGAUGAUCACAUACUACUUCGACAAUGGCUGCGUCAUCACCAUUAGAACCAGCGGCACGGAGCCCAAGAUAAAGUAUUACAGUGAGCUGUGCACCAAGCCGAACGUCCCACGAUCGGAAUGGAAGGCCAUGGAUGCCGAGCUUAAGGAGAUUGUGAAGCUGAUGGUCAACGAGUUCUUCCAGCCAGAACUGAACAACAUAUCUCCAAAGGCCGAUUAACGGAGUGAAAUUACGCUAGGAGACGUUGUCCGGAGACGACUAAUGCCGAAUUUCAAUCUUCAUCUGUUUAGUUUUGUUCGGACUGUUUGUUUCCACUUUUCGAGUACCUACGAUUCGUUUCUGGCGACGGGACGUUGCGGCGUGAGUCUGUUCCAUUCUCCUGUGUUCCGGUGGAUUGUGCUUAAGCAACAGGGUCGUAAUUCUAUUUAAAGUUUUAUUUUUUCGUCUUUGAAAGUUCAAGACCCCUUUAGAGGCAUCUGACGCCUGCCCACUUAAUAGAUAUUAUAUGCAUUAUGAGCCUAUUUUAUUAGAAAGGAAAGGAAAUAAAGUGUCGCACUGCA